AUGAGUUGUCAAGCCUUUCCUUCAGCUGACACUUUCAUCCCUUUGAAUGCUGAGUCGUCUCCCACUCUGCCUCUGAUAAUGCACCAUAGUGCUGCAGAGUGUUUACCCGUCUCCAAUCAUGCCACUAAUGUGGUAUCUGCAGUCUCAUCUGUUUUGUUUCUGUUCCCAACUCCUAAAUGUUCCCACUUAUACUUCUUCCUGGAAAUUUUGGGAGUUACUCUAUCAGGUUUGCAUUAUUCCGUCCCUUCUUGUCAUUAUGGAAACCAGCAGACUACAUAUGGGGUGAUGGCAGGUGGCCUUACCCCUUGCCUUUAUAAGUUCCCUGACCACACACUAAGUGCCAGUUCAUGUGCUCUAGGGCACACCUUUACCUCCAUGCAUGCCUCCAUUCUUGGAGAGGACCCUUCCACUGUUGAUUUUAAGCAGGAGUUCCGCAAGAAAAACAAGUCAAUUGAAGAACCAAUAGACAUGGAUUCUCCUGAAAUCAGAGAACUGGAAAAAUUUGCCAACGAGUUCAAACUGAGAAGAAUUAAGCUGGGUUACACACAAACAAAUGUUGGAGAAGCUCUGGCUGCUGUGCAUGGCUCUGAAUUCAGCCAAACUACUAUUUGCCGCUUUGAAAACUUGCAGCUAAGUUUCAAGAACGCUUGCAAACUAAAAUCAAUCCUGACAAAGUGGCUGGAGGAGGCAGAACAAGUUGGAGCUUUAUACAAUGAAAAGGUUGGCAUGAAUGAACGGAAAAGAAAGCGUAGAACAACUAUAAGUAUCGCUGCUAAAGAAGCUCUAGAAAGUCAUUUUGCUGAACAAAGCAAGCCGUCUUCUCAAGAGAUCAUGAGGAUGGCCGAGGGACUUAAUCUGGAAAAAGAAGUUGUGAGAGUUUGGUUCUGCAAUCGAAGGCAAAGAGAAAAGAGAGUGAAGACCAGUUUACAUCAGAACACCUUUCAUUCCAUUAAGGACCAUCCAGAGUGCCAGUAAUUUUUUUCCUACAGACUCUUCCAGAAUUAUUCUUCAGUACUUUUAAUAUUUUUUUCUCCAUGAAAGAAAAAGAAAUAUGGUUGAUGAACUAAAAUCAGGGCCUGUGAUGUUUGUCACUGUUGCAAGCCCAGUGCAGUCAAGCGAUCAUCUUCAGUCAUCAUUUGUGAUGCUGCAUGAAGCACUUCCUCCUCCAAGGGGCUCAGUGCUUUUGCCAGUGAAAGCUGCUUGCACUUGUCACUUAGCAUAUGAAUUUAAUACUAGACAUGAGGAAAGUCAUCAAAGGAGCUUUCUCUAGACAGUUUGAUACAAGGUGGAAUUGCAGGGUGGAAAGGUGGAAUUGGCCAGUGGUCACUGGGUAUUUGGCAGAAAUUAGAUGGGCAUCUAACCUUCUUAAAACUGACACGUAUCCAUACAAUACCUUUAUUUUAUGUAUUUACUCAUCAGUACUUGUGCUUCUAGCAAAUCAUCUUUUGUUAUUUUGAUACAGACACCAGCUCUUAAACAUUGUUGAGACUCAAAAGCUGCUUUACAGUGUCGUUAACUUUAAAUAAAGGUCACAACCCAACUUUGUAAUAUGACUGAGCAAUUCACAAACACACUGGUCCAGUGGACCCUAAAGGAUUCCCUACAAAGCCACCACUAUUCAGAAUACCAGUAGCACAGUAUGCGUAUCACUCUGCAACCAGCACGUUUAGGGAUAACAAAACCAUGAGAACUUAACUUACAGCAGCCUGGAGGCUCACUGGUGGCCAGGAGCAAUCAGGGCCACAUCUCUGCUGGAGCUUCAGAGCCACUUGCCUUCGAUCCUUCCGUGCCAAGGAAGAUUAGUGUCAGCUCACCAACUGCCUCCUUGCCUCCCCCUUCAGUUGCCAGUUUGUGGGAU